UUGAAGUUCUACCAUUGUGUACACUGUGCGGGUGAUGUGUCAUGACCAUACUCGCAGCCACGCUAGCGGAGGCGCCGUGCGGAGGCUGUGAAGAGAUCCGAGCAACAAUGUCCAUUCACGCAAAGAAAACCUUAACUAGAACGCCACGCUAAUUCUCCGCUAAUGUCCCACUAUAUCACGCCGGUCUUCAUUUUAGCGCUUCUCACUUCUCAAUUCUCAAGUCCAUCAACAACUCCAACACUACACACCUGCCACGCACUUCAAACCCACUGCAAACCCACUGCAUCCUCAUCGUCGCUACAGAUGUGCUACCUCCGACCUACAAAGUACGCAUGCGGCCAUGUUUCUCCUAUCCACGAACCAGGCUACCAACGCCCAAGUGCCAAAGAGGAUGCUAAUCAAUCAGACCCAUACACUGAGUGGCCAACACAUAAGGACACUACGUUGAAUGGGUGUCAGGAUUCUAAUCGUAGAGGUGUGCGAUGUCCGGAGCCUUUGGAGGAUUUGGAAGUGAUAUAUCAAGAUGAUGAGGGCGGCGAGUGUGAUGAGUGUAAGGCGAAGAAAAAGUGCACAGUCUUGUAGGGAAAGACGGAAUGAGACGACUGAGGGUACGUAAAAAAGCUAUCAAUCACAUUGAUAGAAAGUCGGCUGCCGAGUAAUGACAUAUCCACGUAUGCCGAUGUACGCGACGGUAUGUUAGCUAUUCAUACCUCCUAGAGCCUCCUUCCCACAGGUCCAGUUGGAGAGCCUCCUCUUUGAUAUAA